UUCCUCGCGGUAAUGUUACUCGGCCAUCGCGGCAUUAGAGCUCAAAAAUAGGCUUCGAAAUCGAUUUCUAAAAUGUGCCUCCGUUCCCGCGGAACUCUUGACAACUCCCCGUCGAUCAAGCUCCCGAUUCCGAGUUAAUCUCCGUUUUAAAUCUCCCGUUAAAACGAACACACCAAACGCUUUGAAAAGUCCUUAAAUCUUAAUCUCACCAAAGUUUAACAUAACAUCGUCGGAAAUUUGAUAAGAAAUUUAGCCCCGUGAUAAAAUACCUUCCUGGAAUCCCCGUGUUAGAAUGUCGAAUUUCUUCCUAAAAUCUCGAGUUCCUUGACAAACGUAUCCCUGUCCAAUUCCCUAAACUGUGAUAGUUAAUGCCCACUUUCCUCGCACCUUGUCCGGAGUGUUUUCAACACUUUUCUCGGCUAUUAAACCGGAAGUUGGAGAAACUGGGUGAGUUUCGAGGAUUACUUCCACGCGAAGGCCAAUGAAAAAUUCCACCUGUGAUCGCCGAAGCAAGUGUCCGUGUGUCGAAGAGGACGUUGCAGUUUGUCGACUAAUUGAGGAAGUGUGCUCGUUGAUGUUGACGAAUAGGAGAAACUGUCGUCAACUCUCUAAAACAUCCGCCGACAGCGAGAGAGAUUCGGUCAGGAUCAUCCGAUUUUCCAAAUAGCUUAGGUAUUAUCAACAAUACUGAUUCUUAACCAGUGUUGAUGAACAACCUCGUCCACCUAUUGCUACUAAAAGCCACAUAUUCACAUUCUGCCAGACAUUCUAUCACUUGUCAUCUUCAACGAGAUAUUCUGGUUGUUGGUACCGAAGAGUUCAUCUGCCGACGUUGAAGUCAUCUCAACUGGGCCGAAGUUGAUACCCUACGAUAAUUGAUUAUCCACCAGCUGUUGAAAUCCGAUGCGUAAACGCAAACUAAAAUGCCAGCAUCCCAAAAAGAUGUGAAAAGGGAAUUAGUCGGCUGAUGUGGAUGAGAAGAAGCAGCCGUUAUCGCGGAUGCAGCCGGUCAACCCGUGGAUGUUGAGACGGGGACCUCGUCGGGCGAGAUCUUAAAAUACUCCGUUAAACGAGAGGCGGUUUUACGGCUGCUUUUUCGGCCCAGGAUCUCCAGAGCAUCUGGAGGAAGUGUCAAAUGCAGAAUGCCCUCAGAAAUGAUCCAGAAAUAAUUUUCACGAGCCACUUCCGAGGGCACCCUUUUAGGUGUUGAAGAGGCACGCGCGAGGAAGAGGUAGUGCUGACCGAAAGUGCAUGUGGAAAUGUGGAUAGAUGGGAUACCUUGCAGUCGCAGCGGAUAUUGAGAUAUUAUACAAGAUGCGGAGCGAGGUGGGCGAGUGGCUGGCCACCUGCGUCGGCUCGCCGAUCUGUAUCUUGUUGCUGUCCUGGUCGCUGCUGAUCUACCAGAAUCAGCCGUCGUCCUCGAAGCGAAGGAUAGACAUCCUGGCGGUGGCGGUUCUAGCGGAAAGUCUGGCCAAUCAACUGGGACUCCUGCUGUACGCUAUCCUCACGCUUAUCAGGCCCGCUAACCACUUCGGAGAGCUCUGCUCGACCCUGGUGUGGAUGCUGAACUCGUCGAGCAUCCUGCAGGAGCUGACCCUGACCUCCAUCGCCAUUUUCGCCGCCGUCAACUGGGAGGAACUGAGCUUAACGAAGAACCACCUGAAAUACCACCUGGUCAGCCUGAGCGUGGUCAGUGCGUGCAUUGGAAUCACCGGGGUCCUGAAUUUCGAGCCCGAGGUCUGCGUCUUCCUGCCCCAGGAGAUAUCCAGCCGAUACGGGAUUUUCGUCAACUCCUUGAGGACCUUGCUGGUCCUGACGUCCCUCGUGAGCCUGAUCGCUGCCGUCUUCAGACAUCCUUGUCAUAGGACCAGAGGGGAACUCCUAAAGUCCGUCUCAGACCUGUCCGAGACCAGCUCGAAGAACUCUUCGGGUGCCUUCGAUUGCCAUCCUCAAAACUGGGAUCCUUCCAGCGGGUCUUGCACCAGCAGCUCCACCAACAGCAGAGCUUGCCUCAGGAAGAGAACCGUCCAGGUCGACGAGACCAACAGCUACUCCACCGUCCUCAGCAUCCUCUUCGUCUGCUACGUCUUCGACCACGUGCCUAUCUUGAUCGUGUCCAUCAGGCCGAAUCUCCUGCAAAAAUUCUGCACCCCCCAGAACCUAGCCACGUGGCUUCCAUUGUUGAAGGACACGCUGCUGCCCGUUUUUCUGGCCGUUUUUGACAAGAUGUUCUGCCGAUACGUUGCCAAGGUCUACACGAAACAGGACCAUGCCAGAAAAAUGUCCCAUGGAGGAAUAGACGGGAAAUUCAGGCACUUCGAACAGGAUACCGAAUACAAGCUUCAGUUGAAUCUAAACCAUGGACUGAAGUUUCCCCUAACCAAUGGGAGCUUAUACGGAAGGUUACACAACCAACAAAAUCGAGGAAGAACUGGAGGAAUUACGAUGGGGAUCCAGCACUACCCUAGGGCGCAGUCCAUGAACGAGGAGCCAACGUACGCCUCACUUCCUGCAGAACUGACGUCCUUCGCAAGCUCUACCUUCGAGCCUCGACAAGACAGCAGAAGCAGCACUUCAAAGGCGAGCAAGCAGUCGUCCCGGGUCCUGAUGGUCGAGAACGUCGAUUUCGGGACGCGCAGAAAAAUCGGGAGCACCGACGUCUUCGGGCAGAAUAUGGAGAACCUGGUCCAGCUGGAGGAGGCCCCAAGGAAAGAGAGGAAGUUCACCAGGAGCCUGGACGAGAUCCGAGAGGAGCCCUGCAGAAGGCAAUCCAGAGGUGCUUUACCAGACCUGGAACAGCUGAUCGGGCUGGAGGCCAAAAUUGGCGAUCAGCUGAUACGCGAUAGCCUAUGUCAGGGUCAGCGAUCGCGAAACCCCGUCAGGAGGAACCAGAGCUUCGACUACGCGAGGUUCCAGAGGGCCGGGCUCAAUUCGAGGACCUACGACAUCAGAAAGGAGUUCUCGAAGAGGCACUCAUGCUCUGAGGAGAACCAGGGGCCGAGGGACCAGGAAGUCGGGUACGUCAGCUCCGACGACGAGAGCUGCGACCUGGAGAACGGGGACUUCAACGACACCAUGAGCUCCUGCAGGAGCAGGGCCAUGAGCUGCUGCUCCGUCACCACCGUGGCCAACGACGACUUCGAGUACUAUCAGCGAAAGGAGACCAAGGUGGAGCUCUUGCCCUCGAGGAGGAGCACCGAGGUCAACAUGAGAAGCUUCACUCCCAGAAUAAUCGAGAACGGCACCUCCUUCGGCCUGGAGAAGACGAAGAUCGACACGAAGCCCACGAUACAAUCCUACCACCUAAAGAGGAAGAUCUCCCCUGGAUUCUCGAUGAACGACCUAGACAAGAUCUAUCCAAACCACAAGGCGCCCAACUUGUCCAUCGAAAGCCUUCGGACAACCUUGAAGAACUCGCUCGUCAGCUACAUGGACAACGGGGAAAUCUGCAAGCACGACAUCGGCGGCUCCGUUCCCGACUUCAAAAAGAUAUUCGUCACUGAGUUCAUCUGAAAACGUCGGAUUUAGUUUCGCGACUUACUGCCACGUCCAAGAUUCGGUUAAAUGUAUAUAAGGUAGAUUUUAAAGAAUAUCUGUACCGGCGGUCGGCCUAACUUCGAAGUUAGCAUCGCUAGACUUAUUAAUCCCGUUGAAAGGUGUCUUAUUGAAACUACUUGUAUAUAUCUUGUAUAUUUGUGUAAUUUAGUAUUUAAACGGGAGUUCGAGAUUUACUGGAGUAGCCGCGGCUCCAACCGUCUGUCGGCAAAACAAUAAUAAUAACACGUUUGUAUCACGUGUAAUUUUAUCUGUUAUCAUUGAAUACAAAGAUAUU